AUGGUUUCCUCAAGGAAGCGUUCCUUCCAGGAGGUUGAUAAUGAAGACGUCCAGGCCCCCAAGGAGCCUUCUUUGCUGCAGCGCAUUAGAAACAUGUGGCAACUCGCCAAUGUCGCGCAGUUCAUAGCUAUCUUUGGGCCUGCACUCAAGAUCGAACCUCCGGAUAUGGAUGAACUGGAGGCUGAAUGUCUUAAGCCCCACUCGACCGCGCUUCAAGAAAUUGGACUGGCCAUGCUCAAGUUUCUCUCCUCGCAUAGAGGCCUAACACUUGAGUUGUUUGACGAGUAUACCAGGAGGCAGUUUACUUCAAAGGCCCCCGAGCUCGAGAACCCGUUUGGGAAUGAUGAAGUUGCGCUCAGAUUUGCCGAUUUUGACAUCUUCAAAAAGAUUCGAGUACUUCAUCAAAUGACGCAACUUUUGCUGCGGCAAUCCGACAAGUUGCGUGAACGCAUGAGCGAGAUCAAAGACGCGGAUCAUGACCAUACAGCUUGGAAGAGGAUUGAACCUAUCGGUUGGGAUGAGGAUGACCGUACAUACUUUCUUCUGGACGACAACAGACUUUACAGGCUGACUGAUGCACCGCCGCCGAAACCGCCCGCGCCGAAGCCGAAGAAGAACUCCAAGAAGGCACGUGCUGCUGCCAGGGCUGCGAAGCGGCGGCGCGUAUCUGGAGCCGCAGACUCCACGGUUGAUCAUGACGAAGAUGGCAAUGAAGAUGCGCAGGACAACCAGGACUCAAAAGAGUUAGAGCAACCUGAAGAUGACGGUCUUGGCGGGGCAAAGUGGGAAUGUAUCACCGUCUCGCUGGACGAUGUCAACCGAUUUCUUGAAACGUUGAAAAAGACCAAGGACCCGAACGAGAAGAUACUCAGAAAGCAAGUCCAAGACCACCUGGUCCCCAUAUUGGAGCGAGAGGAAGAAAAGCGUCAAAAGAAGAUCCGGGAGCGAGAACGAGAGCUCCUGAAUUUGGAAAAGAUGGCGAACGCCAAACGCUCCAGCCGUCUGGCUCACAAGGCUGAGAAGACCCGUAUCGACGAACAAAAUCAAGCCGAAAAACUCAAGCAGCUUGAGCAGGAGGCUGCUGCCCGGAAGGAACAGGAGAGACUGCGCAAAAUUGAAAAGGAACGAAAUUCAAGGUUAAUGUCAAGGGAGAAGCGCUUGAGGGAGCGAGAAGCGCGCCGUUUACAGCACGAGCGAGAGCUCUCAGUCCUUUCAGAGGAUAGCAAAAGUGUUGGGUCUGCCCCUGGACGAAUGUCAGAGAGGCGUCGAGAGGCUGAGAUCCAAAGGGCUAAGCGAGCUCUUGAGGAGCUCGAUGACGAAGAGGAAGAAUGGGUGUUCGACUGCGUCUGUGGGCUGCAUGGCCAAGUUGAUGAUGGCGAACAUAGCGUGGCGUGCGAAAGGUGCAAUGUUUGGCAGCAUAGCAAGUGUCUCGGCAUCGACCAGGAUCAGUCAGAGCGGGAGGAUUUCCACUUCAUCUGUGAACCCUGCAAACGUCGCCAGGAGGAGGACGAACGUCUCCGUCCUAGAGGCACAGUCAUAAAGAUCAAGCUUGGAUCCGCCAGUUCGUCUCCUGCGACCGCCAAGACAGCUCCUGCUGGACAAAAUUCCAAAUCAUCCCAGGACGCAAAACAGUCGACAGUUCUCAAUGGCGCUGCUAGUGAAAAUGCCGUUGAGCUUGGCACAAAGGCUGCCGAUCCACCGGCGAGUAACGUCAAGACACCGAGAGUUGGUGACUUGUCUUUCACCACGGCCAGCUCUCCAGUUCUACCGCCCCCGCAGGAGCAUCAAAACUUGACCAUCCCGAUCAAGUCAGCAGCCGCUGCGCCGCCGCAGUCUACGGAGAGUCGUGCGUUACAAAGGCCCAAACCUGAUGGUGUGCACAACCCGUUUUCGUCUCCCCACCCGGACCUAUCGCCGCCCAGCCAGUCCCCUACAAAAGCUCGGGCGUACGAUACCGUCUUUGAGCAGUCCAGCCCUACGGAUGUCGGCGGCGACACGAAUGGGCAGAAGACCAAGGCCAAUGGCCGUGUCCAUCCCUCCACCACACCCGUCCUGGCACCAGCACAGCCCAGAUCAGAAUCUGCGGCUGCCAUGAGGCCUCAAUCCCCAACAAAGGCCAGUUUUGACUCCUCGCGGCAACCACUUCAGUCCAAGGCACAAUCCCCGGGUGCGAACACGCUGCCGGGUCCAAUGACUACGCCGCAAUUCAAACCCGGCUUCUCGGAGAAUAGAUCAGUGCAGAAGCCAUCGCCUUUGCCCCCCUCAAGCGCAGGCAUGUCACCUACGAAGCACUCGCCGUCUUUCCCACCGACGACUGUGAACGGUAUUCACCCGAGCUCAAGUCCGACACCACCGGUGUUGCCACCUAUAGAGGCUCUGUCACCAUCUCCACGCCCACAGGAUCCAACACCACCAGUAAAGCCGUCAACGCCAGCCUCGAGCUUCAACAGUGGGAUCCCUUGA